CUUAUGUCAUUUGCUUCUCUCUUCGUCCCUAGUCUUGCAAAGCUUGUAACCACCAUGGAUCGUUCCCUGUAUGAGGCGGCGAGGGGGGGAGAUGACAGCUUCCUGAGACAAAUCAUAGACGAUGACGUAUUGUCAAACCAUGAUUAUCUCCUCCAGACAACGCCUAAAGACAAUAACAUUCUCCACAUCGCAGCCGAGUUCAGACAGAUUGAAUUUUUCAGACAAGUCCCACAUCACUACUCCCCUGCUCUGUUUUGGGCCGCUAACAAAAAGGGUGACACUCCUCUUCACGUGGCCGCUAGAAUUGGCUAUGAAGAAAUAGUCGACUUCCUUAUUGAUCAAGCAAGAGCGCUACAGAUUAGAGGAGCUGAUGAGGAAACCGGCCAACGGAAGCCGCUACUGCGGGUUACGAAUAUGGAAAUGGAUACGGCUCUGCAUGUGGCUGUGCGUUUUGGUCGUGUUAGGGUGGUUAAAAUGUUGAUGGAAGCUGAUCCUGAACUGUGUUGUUUGACUAAUAGCGCAGACGAAUCGGUUUUGUUCUUGGCGGCUAGGAAGGGGUCUGCAGAGAUUGCUAUGUAUCUUUUGAAUGAGUCUUCGGUGUGUCCUUGUUUUCAAGGGACUAAUGGUGUGACAGCUUUGCACGCCGCUGUGACUCGCAGGAACCUCACCAGCAAAGGCAUUGUAGAAACUAUGGUGUCCAGAUGUCCUGAGAUGAUUAAAACAGUAGAUGCACUUGGCUGGACUCCCUUACACUAUGCAGCAUUUAGAGGGAACGUUGAAGCAACUAGAGUGUUACUGCAAUGCGAUAGCUCUGCGUCUUAUAUCUUAGACAACUCCGGAAUGUCAGCUUUCCAUGUAGCAGCCCACGCAGGACACACCAAAAUAAUGGAGGUGCUGCUUCAUUGGCGGCCUGAUAUUUGUGAUCUGCUGAAUAACAAAGGGCAAACCGCUUUACAUGCUGCAGUAUUAGGUGCCCAGGUUGAUGUUGUGCAGUACAUUUUGAAGACGCCUAACCUUGAAGCAAUUAUAAACGAAGCAGAUGACGAUGGGAACACUCCUUUGCACUUGGCUGCACUUCAGCAAAAUCAUAAGAUCAUUAAGGUUUUGUCUGGCGAUGAUAGAGUGAACAGGAUCGUUAUUAAUAAGAACUUCUCGAAGCCCAUAGACAUGUUUCUUGGAGACAAUUUUGAUGAACAGGAAAAGAUUUGCAGUGGUCUGGUUUUGCCCAAAUUGGGGCGCUCCGUUGGUGUGCCAUUUUACCAACAACAAAUCAGUCGAGACUUUGACAAAUUAGAAUCUUUAGAGAAAAAUACAGAAAAGACCAGAAAAAGCCAACAGCAAGCUUCUCUCGAGGAUAGAAACGACACCAAACUCCUUGUAGCAACACUGAUUGCAGGCAUCACAUUUGCAGCUUCUUUCACCAAUGUUCCCGGAGGGUUUAAUGAAAACGACGGAGUCCCUGUUUUGCAUGAAAGGCCAGCCUUCAAAGUGUUUCAGUUUUUCAAUGCAGUGUCCUUCUAUAUCUCAAUUCUUGCAAUCUUUAACGAAUCGACUCCGAUAACUGUGUUGUCCAUCCAUCUACCAACACCAUCAAGUCUCAUUCAGUAUUCGAUUGCAGGAAUGGUGGUAGCAUUUUUUUCAGGCACGUUGGCAGUGCAGCCGAGACGGCAGUUAGAAAUACCUCAUAUGAUUCGAUUUUUAGUUGGUACCCACCCAGUUGAUAAGUUGCUCGCGGUGAUUUGUGGCCUUUUGUUAAUAUUAGCUAUCAUCCCUGUGCUGAAGUCCCUGAUUCAAAUAGCUUAUUUGAAAAGGAGGAAGCGCUGGCUCCGAACCGUGUAAUUCAAGUGUACCUGUAUAGGAACAGCUUGUAGGGAAGUUUGAUUACCAGUUUGCUAGGAGAAAGAAGUCGAAAUAGUAAUUUUGCAUGUUUUAUUAAGUAUUAGGAUUUAUGUUUUCUAGAGUCCUUUGGAUUUAAGUCUUGUCCGUUUGUAUUUUCAUUGAAGUCAUCAAUAAGAAAACUCAAAAAAAUUAGAUUAGAAAGUCUAAUCUCUAACGGCCUUGCCAUGUUUCCUUGCCAGUUAAAUCUAGUUUGUUCAUAAGGCGUCGAAGUUUGUCAAACCUUGAUUCUACUGUGGUUUACGCUUUUGCAUUAGUUGGUAACCAGAGUAGGAUUCGUCCGCCAAUGGUGAACGACGAUCCAAGGGAAGAAUUCACCAUCACCAACAUCGUUGACGCUGCUCAUGCGAUUAAAACUGUUCAGGAGGAUUUACGAAGUCAUUCAAAAAGUGUAGUUGACGAAUUGGAGACUCACCGAUUGCCGAUACAAGAAUUUGUGAAAGAAGCAGUGCAAGAUGCAACGUAAGAGCUUCGUGAGUUGAUUAUGCAACUGAACGUAAAUCAAAGAGGAGAUGCUCAUCGCACCGUGGAAUUUGCCCAUAGUCGAAGACAUCACCAAAGGGAGAAUGGUGAGCAACGUUAAAGACAAGCCUUUGUCACUAAUAAUAGAUGGUGGAAGCUGUGAAUUGUGUCUCUAAGAAAGUUGUGGAUCACUUCAACUUCCUACUACGAAGCAUAGAGCGCCAUAUGCUAUUGGAUGGAUAAAGAAAGACCCAUAGGUUCACAUCACCAAAACUUGCAGGCUCCCAAUCUCUAUUUGAAAAUUCUACCAUGAUGAAGUAGAAUGAGACGUAUUAAGGUCAGAUGAAGUCUCCAAUGCCACCACAUAUGAGGAAAGGUCUGAAUGUAGGG